UGCAGUGCGCUAUUCGUCUUGUGUGAGUUGACUGGAGGAAUCCAGUCCGGGUAUUGUGUACGAUCUCCUGCAAGCUAACAGAGAACCCCCGCUAGUGUUGGGCUGUGAUAGACUCUAAAGGCAGCGAGGUUUUCGUCAGUCCUUUGCAGAGCUCGUAAUACACACAGGUGGCUGUGCAUUCACCGGCUGCAGCAAGUCCGACCAGCGACAGACUGCGGGCGACGGGAAGGGAAAGAAGAGAGAAGAUCCAACGGUCAUCUUCAGAACGCGCGUCACCUCAGUGCACUUUAAUUUCACAUAUCCCAAAAUUGAGAAUUAAUAUAAUUGAGUUGUUAUUAUUUUCAUUUUCCCUCUGCUCAUAUUAGUAGAUGGCACACGCAGAGUUAGAAAUGAAACUCUGAAAUCGGAAGCAGGUGGACCUACUGCGGAAUCUACCGAGUCCCAGCGCUGUGGUUCCGUCAACGUUCCCUAUUUUCGUUGAUAACCCCUACCCGUAGCAAUGGCGAAGAGCGCCGAGGUGAAACUAGCGGUCUUUGGCAGAGCUGGAGUGGGGAAAUCAGCUCUAGUGGUGAGGUUUCUGACCAAGCGCUUUAUCUGGGAAUAUGAUCCAACACUGGAGUCCACCUAUCGGCAUCAAGCGAAUAUCGAUGAUGACGUUGUUACCAUGGAGAUACUCGACACAGCUGGUCCGGAAGAUCUUCUACAGAGGGAAGGUCACAUGAGGUGGGGCGAGGGCUUCGUCAUCGUCUAUGACAUCACAGACCGGGGCAGCUUCGACGAGGUCGUGCCUCUGAAGAACUUCCUGGAUGAGAUCAAGAAGCCCAAGAACGUGACGCUGGUCCUGGUGGGCAACAAGGCUGACCUGGAGCACUCCCGCCAGGUGAGCACCGAGGAGGGCGAGAAGCUGGCCACUGAGCUGGCCUGCGCCUUCUACGAAUGCUCAGCCUGCACUGGGGGCGGCAGCAUACAUGAGGCCUUCCACGAGCUCUGCAGGGAGGUGCGGAGACGCAAGAUGGUCCAGGGGAAGACCCGGAGACGGAGCUCCACCACUCACGUCAAGCAGGCCAUCAACAAAAUGCUGACCAAGAUGAGCAGUUAAACAACCAAUACAUACAUUAAUAAGACUGCCAGCUGAAUUCAGAUAGAAGUUCUUGCCAAGAGUUUGUCAUCCAUGCUUCUUAGUGACAUCGGUCGCCCUAUUGUUCUGGAGUGAAGAUGGCCCUUGCGCAUGUUAACAGAAUGCAGAUACAGCAUGAUAUUCAGCAUGCCGGGUACCUUAUCACUUCUUGUUCUGUAGGUCAAACUUUGGCCACGCAUUGUAGUCAUGGACCCUUUUUUUAUCUGACUUCUCCCUUAACCGUUUAUGACGUUUACAAUCACUCUGUCUCUUAUUGCGAUUACUUAAAACCUGGUGCUUUUGUUCUAUUUGCCUGCCAUAGACUUAUGUAAUAUAGGCUAGAUCAGCCAUUGUGUCUUUG